AGCCUUGCGAUUUGUAACAACGCAGCGGAGAAAAUUCAGAAAAAUCCCAUUUUGUUGUGAGCUCCAUUAAUUGUUCCUGCUAUCUUCCACAUUUCCCGACUUUUCGUUGAUUUUUUCCAGCUUGUGAGCGUCUUUACUUCCAGGUGGGAUCCGCGGUGAUCAGCGUACGGAGGUCGAAACAGGAAAGGUGUGCUGUGUGUAGUUUGAUUGGAUCGCGGGAAAACAGCUGGGUGAUCCGUUUAUUCACUGACACAAUCGGUGGAGAUUGCAGCGCGGUGUUGCUAGUAAGUAGCAGGAAAAUCGGUUUCCAGGUGAUUGGCUGAAUACCGACCGUCUGGAGCGUAUCCCUUUAUCAUCCUUGUGUGGUUGGGAUUUGGAUUCCUCUCUCUCUCUGAUUUUUGUGAUUUUUCCGUGGGGUGAGCGCUGAUUUUCCGUAUAUUAUUCAGCCAUGGCCGAUCAGUUAACGGAGGAGCAGAUUGCCGAGUUUAAGGAAGCCUUCAGUUUAUUCGAUAAGGACGGGGACGGCACGAUCACCACCAAGGAGCUGGGCACCGUCAUGCGCUCCCUGGGCCAGAAUCCCACCGAGGCCGAGCUCCAAGACAUGAUAAACGAGGUGGAUGCCGACGGUAACGGAACCAUCGACUUCCCUGAAUUCCUUACCAUGAUGGCGCGGAAGAUGAAGGACACGGAUAGUGAAGAGGAGAUCCGGGAAGCGUUCCGCGUCUUCGACAAGGACGGCAACGGCUUCAUCUCGGCCGCCGAGCUACGACACGUCAUGACCAAUCUGGGCGAGAAGCUGACGGACGAGGAGGUGGACGAGAUGAUCCGCGAGGCGGACAUUGACGGGGACGGGCAGGUUAAUUAUGAGGAAUUCGUCACCAUGAUGACCAGCCGCUAAGACACCGCCGGCCACGUCCCCCACCCACGGGCGGGCGGGAUCCACCGGCGUUUUCUUCUGUUUUUUUUUUGUUUCUUUUGAAGAAAAAAUCCCCAGUGUUUUUGCGAUUCACACACACACAACACGCGCACGCGCCCCAUUCUGUCAACGUGUCUCUUCUCUUUCUCUCUCGUAAAUAGAAUUCAUCCUUUUGGUCUUUUUAAUAUGCUGCCGCCGUCGCCCGCAUCAACACAGCGCCGCGCGGCGAUCGGCCGCGCCUCCUCCGAAAAUUAUUGCAGCCAUUUUAUGCUUAAUCCGUGGCGCUUUUUGGUUCGUACACGUAUGAUAAUAUGAUUGUUUUAAUUAUGGGCUAAUUAAUUAAUUAAUUUGGAUUAUCCUUCAAUUUUCAUCCGGUUUCCCUCUUUUUUUGUCGCGCUUGUAUACCCCUUUUUUCUGGCUAAUUGUCGAGAAGAAAAAUGCGGAAAAAACAACAAGACGGACGAGUAUUUGCUGCA